AUGGUCCAAGGAACGUACUCUCAAGCCAUCUUUUACCCUUCAGCAAGUGUUACUGGGCAACACCAAAAAGCGCUCACCGUCGACAUAGGCGCCACGCAAAUGACCAGGAAGAAACCCGUGCUCGCCGAGCGGGUGCUGGGCACCGUCCAGUGGUUCAACGUAAAGAAUGGCUACGGCUUCAUCCACCUCAACGACACGCGAGAAGACAUCUUCGUCCACCAGACCGCCAUCACGCGGAACCACCCGCAGAAGCUCACGCGCUCCAUUUCCGAGGGCGAGACCGUCCAGUUUGACGUCGUCGUAGACGAGAAAGGGCGCGAGGCCGCCAAUGUGACAGGUCCCGACGGCGAGCCUGCGCAGUGCCUCCCUUAUGCCAUGGGCGGAAGACGCUUCGGAGGUCGUUGGUUUCCGAGAUGGAGUCAAUGCCGACCGUUCCCCAACCCGCUCCACGGUGUGCAGGACUCGGACGACUUCCAUGACGUUGUGCUCGUGCCGGACUCGCCGCGGCCGCAACCGCCACCGCAGCGACGGCUGCAGCCUGGGAGACCCUGUUUACGCCGCUACUACCGCCGUUACAGAGGUAUGACCAGGAGCUCGCUACCCGCCGAAGACAUAAGACCCAACUUCCAGUUUGGAGAGGAGGACGAAUACAGGGACACCCGUGUCCAGCGUAAGCCACAUCGACGCUUCUACGGGAGGUAUUACCGCAGGCGAGGCGGAAGGUCUAGGAGUGAUCCAGAGGAGUUCGACUUCGAGCAGGAGCCCAGGAACGCGCCAGGUUUGUGGUGAAAGCCGAGACCUCGGUAGACGUCGGCGUCGGCGUUGAGGGCGUCCACCGGACGUAACCGGGAAACGUUGUUAUUAUAA